AUGAUUCUACGGGUGAUUCUAGUCAUCACAUUUUGGAGUGCCACGUGUCAUUCUGCAGAUAAUGCUAGUGGAUUCAAAGUGUUCCGAGUACUUCCGACUACCAAUCAACAACUUCUUCAAAUGAUUCGACUUUUUGAAACUGCUGACACAGAUCGAGCAGACUUCUGGCAUGCUCCAAGUGUUGUGAAUGGAACAGUGGAUAUUAUGGUGGCUCCAGAACACACAGAUCAGUUUCAAGGAUACUUGGAAAAACAUGGAUAUACGUUCCAAGUUGCGAUUGAAGAUUUGCAAAAACUUUUGAUUGAAAAAGAAGGAAAUCUCUCAACACAUAUCACAGAUGAUGAUGUAUUUUUGAAACGUUUGCAUGAUGAUGUUGGAUUCCACUCGAGACUUCGGUUGGUCAUUCUUUCAAUUUUAAAAACCGAAGUUAAGCUUUCUAGAAUGGGUGAAUACUAUUCAUAUUCCGUCAUUUCAACAUGGCUGCAAAGAAUUGCCGAGAACAUGCCAGAUAUUGCCCAACUGAUUAAAGUUGGUACAACUGUUGAAGGAAGGGACAUUUUAGGGUUGAAGUUUGGAAAAGAUACACCAGAUAAGAAGGUUGUUGUGAUUGAUGCUGGAAUUCAUGCACGAGAAUGGGCAGCUAUUCAUACAGCAUCUUACUUCAUCAACUUAAUCGUUAACAGUAGAGAAACAGAUCCACAAAUUCAAAACUAUCUUGACAAUAUCGUUUUGUACAUCAUUCCAGUAUUGAAUCCAGAUGGAUAUGAAUACACCAGAACCGACAAAACCAACCCAAGAGCGAGAAUGUGGAGAAAAUCUAGGUCUCCAAAGGCUUGUGCUUUCGAUGGUGUUCGCAAUUCUUGUUGUAUGGGCGUAGACCUAAAUAGAAACUUUGAUUUUCGUUUCUCCGAGAUUGGAGCAUCUAGAUAUCCAUGCUCGGAAAUCUAUCACGGGCCCUCUGCGUUUAGUGAGCCGGAAUCCAAUGCAUAUGCUCAGUUUUUGACUUCUCUGAAAGGACGUUUGGAAGCAUACAUCACUCUUCAUUCCUAUUCACAAUUGUGGAUUUACUCAUAUUCCCACAGAAAGUUUACCUACGCUCCAGAUAUUGAAGAGACUAGAAGAGUCGCUGCGAAGGCAGUUCAAGAACUUGGUCGAAUGUACGGAACAAAGUAUCGCCAUGGGACUGGACCUGAAAUCAUCUAUGCGUUCUCGGGUGGAUCAACAGAUUGGGCUAAGGAAACAUUGAAGAUCAAAUACUCAUACACAAUCGAGCUAAGACCCGGAUACGAAGAGUGGAACGGAUUCGUUCUUGAUAAGAAUCAGCUGGUUCCAACUGCAAAAGAAACAUGGGCAGGGGUUACUGUAGUUUUGGAUGAGGUGGCAAACCAGUGGAAGUCGUCAAGAAUCCGGGAGAGUGAACUGAACCGUAUUCGUGAGGAGAAAUGUGCUGAUCGUCUAGCUGGUUGUGCUUAUUGGCUUCAGUCGUCUCCUAACGUUUGCAGAGUUUCCCAAUCUACCAUGAUUCGUGAUUGUGCAAAAACAUGCAAUCUAUGUCACAUGAUUGCAGUUUAG